AGUCUCGCUGUUUGGACAGGCUCCAGCCUGGCAACCGUGGUCUACGCUUGUGCGAAAAAUGGCGGCCGCAUCUUGCGGCUGCGGUGAUUCGAAUUUUGAUUCAGAAUGAAUGGUGACGCGAUUGCGACGGCUUCGACGUCGCCCCCGGCCAAGAGGCCGGGAGAAGACGAUGUCAGUGAUGAUGUGGACCAGCCAUCAGACACAAAACGGCGUCUCCUCACGAGAGAAGUCACACGCUUUUGGCACGACCCUGUCCCCACAACGCGCCUGACGAGGCAAUUCUUCAGCACCGGCUGUCAGGAGCUUGCUCGCUGCCUCCUAGGACAACACUUGGUUCGGCGAAUGUGCGACGGAACAAUUCUUCGAUGCAAAAUAGUCGAGACUGAAUGUUACCUUGGGGGCGAAGACCGCGCGUCGCAUUCGUUCAACGGCAAGCGUACCGAACGCAACGAGCCCAUGUUCAUGGAUCCGGGCACGGCCUAUGUGUAUAUCGCCUACGGGAUGUAUCACUGCUUCAACAUUUCGAGUGAAGGCGACGGUGCAGCGGUGCUAUUAAGAGGUGCGAUGCCUCUAGAAGGCAUUGACAUGAUGCGCAGACUCCGCGGAGUUCGUCGUAAGGACGCAGGACAAAAACUGAAAGUUUGGGAACUGUGCAACGGCCCUUCGAAGCUGUGUCUCGCAAUGGAUAUCACGAAGGAGUCGCUCAACAAAGAAUUCCUGCCCGAUAGCCAGGCGCUGUGGAUAGAACGAGGGAAUGAAGCUGUGACUCCGCAAGACGUCGUCGUCUCCAAGCGGGUAGGAAUUGAAAGUGCGGGCAGGGAUUGGGCCGACAGGCCUCUUAGGUUUUAUAUAAAAAAUUGUGAGUGCGUGAGCGUUCGUGAUAAGCCAGCGGAAGCGGGUAGUCUGCGAAAUCCGCACUGAUGCGUUGUUUUCCUUUGUUGAUAUAUCCCAGUGGGAUAACGUUGUUUGUCUGUGCUUCUCAGGUGUAUUUUUCGUUAUUUAGUUCUUGUUUUCCUGCCAAACCGCCAGCCAUGUUCACACACCAGCAGUGUAUAUAUACCUAAUUUAAAUAAAGCAUACUGUUUUGGCACCGCG